CAUUGCGCAACGGGGCGUCACCAUGCCUACCCGAUUAUUCGGCCAUCGUUCGCAUUCGGUCACGGAUAACACGCACUCGCCCCGUUGUAUUUGCAAGCGAAUAAACAAUUGAACAGCACACAUCGAUGUGUCCGCACCCGUUGUGAAAAGAUUGUGUGCGCUCCCUGUACCCCCGUUGUUGCUGCGGUGUCGUUGUGACUGUGUGUGAGCUGGGCAGCUAGUGGUGCUUCGUUUGCAGUUUCAAUGCCGUUGUGAAAGGAAAAAAAGCAGCUUUUUUAGUGCAAUAUGUCCGCGAAACAAUAGAAAUUUGCUGUCUGGCACGUGUGUAGGCUGUGUAUGUGCGUGCGUCUGUGUGUGUGCAUCUGUUGUGUGCUGCACUACCGUCCCAUACAGUGAAGGGGGAGGGUGGAGGUGUUGCAGAUGUGGAGAUGUAGUAGAUGCUGAGGGGAAGAAAAUUUGCAAUCACUCACUUGCCGAGUCAAAAGUGUCAGAAAAAGAAAUCGACAAGCUCUGGGGCAGCAGUGUCUCAGCCGUAGGUGUGUGUGUAUGCGUGUGUCUUCCCGAGAUUUUGUUGCCCAGCAGCAAUCUGGUGUUGUGUAUGUGUGUGUGUUGUGUGAAUAGUGCAAAUUGGUGGUAGCGCCCUUGGUAGCACAUAAAAAAGUGCUGCUUCCAAUCGAUCCCGUGAGGCUGUGUGUGGGCGCGUCACAGAGAAGCUGUAAUCAGCCCGUAGUGAUUAUUUCACGCUCAAUCGCUCCCGUGUGUGUGUGUGUGCAGGGUUUCGGGAGUGCUAGUACUACUACUACAACCGCCCCCUUCUCCCCGGAGCAGUGCGACGAAGCAGUGUCCCCACCACUCCCUCCACUCGCAGGGAGUCCCUUCGGAGUGACAUGAACUCCCGAAUCAAGGAGGAUGUCAGCCGACUGUUUGAGUUCUGGUGCGAGAUUGCUCCGGGUACGGGGGAGGACAACAGUGCGCCCGGCCAGAUCGUGGAAAGCUUCCCGGAGUCGUUCAAGGAUGCGAAGGUUACGGCCGACAUUCCGGCGUUCGCGUAUCCGUGCGCCUUCGAAAGUCGAACCAUUCAAGUGCACUCGUUCGUGCUGACCAACAUCGACUCGAAAUGGCGGUUUGGGUUCUGCCGGCACGAUCCAAAAUCACCCACGGCGAUGGUGAUCAUCACGUACCUGCCGUGGCACGAUACGUUCAUGCGCUUCCUGAACGUGCUGGCCGACAUCCGGAAGAAUCGCCCGAACGAGUUUGCCUCGUUUCUCGCCGAAUCGUACAACAAGGGCGUACCCGAGCCGGGCGCCUGCCUGAAGCUGCACUACGAUCGCGCCUCCCAAACGUUCCUGUUCCAAAGACCUCAGCAGUUUCAGCUUCCCAGUAUUCCGGAGAACCACAAUCUCAACCAAUACUACAACUUUGUGGAACCAAAAUUUAUGAUAGGAAUAUUUGCCGCCAUGCUGGCAGAGCGGCGCAUCAUCUUCGUUUCGCGCCGGCUCGACAUCCUGUCGUCGUGCGUGCAGGCGGCGAACGCUUUCCUCUAUCCGAUGGUCUGGCAGCACAUAUUCAUACCGGUGCUGCCGAUGCAGAUGAAGGACAUACUGGCCGCGCCGAUGCCGUUCCUGAUCGGCGUACCGGAGGCGGUGUACGACACGCUGCGAAGGGAGGAAAUCGGUGACGUCGUCAUACUGAACUGUGAUAAACGAACGCUGGAAACACCGUUCGACGAUGUGAAAAGUAUGCCCCAGGAAUUGGUCAGCUCGCUGAAGAAGCAACUGUCCAAUCAGGCCGAUCAUCGGGGCGAUCGGGUUUCAAAGAUAUUUCUAGGUAUUCUAGUGCAAUUAAUUGGUGGGUAUCGGGACGCUGUAAAGUUUAAUGAUAAAAUUACCUUCGAUCCGGAGACUUUCAUCGAGUCGCGACCGUCGCAUCUACGGCCAUUUUUGGAUAAGAUGUUGGAUUUGCAGAUUUUUCAACAGUUUAUCGAAGAACGCUUGGAUAUGCUAAACACUGGGCAGGGAUUUUCGGACGAGUUCGAGGUAGAGUACUUCCGGUACGCGGAAAAGUCAGGCCGCAAGACGAAACAGUACAAGGAUCUGCUGAAAAACUUCAAGGACAAGACUAAUCCAGCUGUACGUUCGGCGGUCAAAUCGGUCAAGGAAGGUGGCAAAGGCGUCAAAACCGCAUACAAAGGCUUGCGGUCGAAAUUUCGCGAAACGACACCACCGAAGACGAAGCUCGACAGCAACAGCAGCUUGCACCUGCAUCACCAGUACGACGUCGGUGGCCACCAUCAGUCCGCACCGAACUCGCCCGUCUUUAACAAGCGGCCACAGACGAUCGCCCUGCCCGACGACGUGUACCACACGCACAACCCGCACCAUAUGCUGACACCGUCGUCCACCUCACUGCACAACUCGCCACAUAUCCUGCUGGGCAGCAAUCAUCACCAUCACCAUCUGCACCAGUCGCUUCCGCAGAGCAAUGGCGGUGUCGGCAGCGCGGGCAACAGUAGCAGUGCUGGGUAUCACAGUGCGUCGGCCGCGAUGACCCGCAGUGGUAGCAGUGCUGCUGGCAGCACCAGCCACAUGAACAACAAUCACAGCUAUGCGAAUAGCAACAGCAACAACAACCACAUGACCAGCAGCAGCGCGAGCGACAUCCGCAGCCCGACACUAAGUCCAACCAGCUCGAACUCAUCGUCCGAGAUGAACCUGUGGCAGGAGAUGCAGCACCAUCUGACACUGUUCAAAUCGCCAGCCGUCAAUCGGAAUCUCAAGCCGACGAACAGUGCGGACGGCGGCAGCAUCGGCAGCCGGCCAUCGUCCCGGGCGGGCGCACCGGUCAGCCCGCCGGGCGGAAGCAGCAACGCGCUACCUCGCAUACAGGAGUCGGUGGCAGUCGGUGCGCAGCCGCUGCUGCUGGGACUAGAUCUGGAGGAUCCCGGCGGAUCACCGGCGCGGUCCGCCUGCUGCAACAACAAUGGCAGCGGCGACUACCACGACGACGAGCAGGCCAACUUUGACCUGUCGCCGGACGCACCGUGUCCGCCAAUACCGCCCAGGCGCUUCCAGUCGGCGGCCGAUGCGCUGGCCGCCAUUCAGAUCUCUCCCCCGCCAAUGUCACCUCCGUCGUCUUCCUCGUCGAACUCGUCGCCCUACCGUACCUACAACAACUUCAUACCUCCCGCACCAAAGCCAAAGCCCCCGGCGGGCGCUCCCACCUCUUCCCCCUCGAUCAUCGACCAGUCACCUCCCUUACCUUCUCCUCCGCCUCCGCCGCCCCUGAAGGCGCCGGUGGAUUCCUCCGCCCGGCGCAACGAUAUCCUCCAGCUCGACGACGGCGAGGAGGAGCAGCUGAUUACACUGACCACAACUACGGCGACAGUCGGUGGGCAUGGGGCGACGGGCGGUACUGCGACUACCACCACUACGACCACCAGCAUGUCUAUGACGUUCGGUCAGCCAGCGGUUCGCAAGCCGGAGCCCUCUCCCACGGCCAAUAGCACGUUGCAUAGCAAUCACAUCCUACCGCCACUGCUGCCCCAAGCGCAACAGCAGCAACAGCAACAGACCGUACCGCCAUCAGUGGCCGGCAAAACGCCACCCCUGCAGCAUGCCUAUACCUUGCCACAUCCACCGAAAGCGCAAGCGCCGCAGCCACCGCAACGGCCACCGCUUGCUCCGAAGCCCACCUUCCGCAAAGAGUCUCAAAACGGUGACAUCCCGGACUUUCCCGCGUCCACGUCCGGGACGGGCAGCAGUACAACUCCGCCGGCGGUGAACGAUGAGUCCCUUGAUCUAAUCACGCUCGACACCACCAACUCGAGUUUCGAGCUGGAGGACUUCGAUCCGCUCAAUGAACGGGCCAGACCGAUCGGUGGUGUCGCUGCCGCUACCGGCACCGCGCAUGCUCAACCCUCCAGCUCAGCAGCACUAACACCACCCUCCAGCUAUGCGUCCGGCUUGGCAAAUGUCGUCGUGGCGUCCGGCGUAACGAUGCCUACCGGCCUGAGCGUUAAUAAUCCCAUCUAUCCUUACUUUACACCGCUUUACCAACAAAACGUCGCCACUACACCGCACUCCGCCCACCAUCCACCACCAUCACAACAACAACACCAAUUCCAUCGGACACUACUAGGGACGAUGGCGGCAGGAGCAGGCGAUGGACAAUCACAGCGGCCCACUAGCAACACAGCGUCAUCCACUGGUGCUGGUGCUGGUACCGGUGCCCGGGAAAGCAAUGUUUCCGACGAUUUCGAACUGCUGCGAAACUAUGGUCUAGACAAGUUUUCACUGUUGGACGGGGGUAGCACAAAAAAGCAAGCGCCCGCACUGCUGCACGUGAACGGUAGCACUGGCAAGGGAGAGAACCAACCGAGUACGACCAAUGCUUCCGUUAAUGCGCAGGUUCUUCCCAACGGGCGACAGAUGGGCUGCAAUGGUGGUAGCAAGAUCGUGAACAACGGACCGACCAAAGCUUCGUUCAACAACUGGACGACGUUCGAUUGAGAUUAGCAUGGGCGAAUCCGUUAGGAGAGAGCGUUGCAUCAUCUGGCAGUUCUAGAUCGUAAGCUCAACGCCGGGGGUUUAGUUUUCGCAAAGCAACAUAAGAAACAAAAACCCGCAAUAAACAUUUCAGGCAAAGAAACUAUCAUUAAUAUACGCUUUUAGCAGCAAAAAGGAAAGUCUUCAUUCCAUGAGGUAGACAACAAAAAGGACAAAAGCGAAGGAUUAAUGAAUCCCGGAAGCGUCAUAAAAGCUUAGGCCAUAUUAAACGUUUAAUCAGUUAUCAUACAGCAAACUCUAGAGCCAAUAUUGUUUUGUUUUUCAGCUUCUUCUUCGUUUUGCCUUGAUAAGUGUGUAUGCAAUAACGAAUCCCGCAACCAGUUGUUGUUUUAUGUUGUCCGUUUAUGUUCCACUCGUUUUUGUAUUAUAUAUAGUGUCAUGAAAGCAAACAUUGCAAUCAAUUCACGUGCUACAUGUUAUCAUGUAGCGCCUGGAGGUUUCAGUGAAUAGAGCAAACGGUGUUUUUUUGUUUGAUAUUUAAAUGUGUAGUUUCUGUGUAAUCCUUUGCCCCGAGUUGUAUUGAAUAAUUUUAUAGAUUUACCGUGUGGUUAUUAGCGGUAGAAGAGGUGUAGUAAAAGGAAAACAUAAUCGUAUAACGAUUUCAAAGUGUAGCAAGAGUUCGAUAAAUCGAUGGCACAUUUGUUGUGUGAGAAGCAUGCGAAUCAGCGCAUAGAGGGAGAAACAUUGUAGAGGAACAAAAAGACACAUGGCACAGAAUGUAAAUCUAAUUUAAUUCUUAAACCUAUGCACAAAACGAAUGCAACAAACUAGACAAACGAGAAGAUUGAACGAAAAAACAAGUCAGGUAGACGGGAAGGAAACAUUUAAACUGUAUUGCUGGCUAUGCUGUGUGUAAAGUGGGAAUAAAGAUGAGUAUAGAAAAAGAAAGCGGAACGCGUUUGGGGGAGGGAAAUAGUUUACGCCGCAUCAAUGCGUUAAUUAUAGUGUGAAGCAUUUUAAAAAAUGUAUUCGUUGCCAGAACAGAGACCGUAGUGUAGAUUAACAAACAAACAAACAAUUGAUAGCAUACACCAAAUGUGUGGCAGGAACUACUGCGGGGGAAUGCGGGAUGGAGUAUCAUCUUAACCAUCCUGCCCUGGUUAGGAUAAAGUCAUAGACAUAUAAAUAGUGACAGAUAGAGAGAUAGAGAGAAAGAGUGGAGAGAGAGAGAGAGUGAAAGGUUGGAGAAUGAGUCAGGAUUGCAGUUUUAAAUUUGUUUUAACCUAAAAGAGAAACAUAUACAAUGUUCUGUAGCGAGUGAGGAUUAUAUUACUGCUUAAUGCGAUAUUUUAGCGCCACUUACGUACUCUCUACCGUACUAGAAGAAAAAAAACACACAUUAGUAACAGCUCGAUCGUGUACUGUUGAUAGAUAAACCAAAUAUUCAACAAUAACAGCAACAAAACGCUCACCUGGCCAUGAGGCACGCAGGUGAUGAUACGUGUUAAGAUAUUUAGUCAAAAUGUUGUAAAAAAAAGAACACAGAUAUGGAGCGGUUUCUCGCAAAUUUUCCAUCACAACGUUCGCAAUUUACUACAAUUGCAUCACAACAACACACACACUGCUCAAAGAUAGGUUUACUCGAGGGGAACAGUAAUAUAGGGUUUUGGUUAAGUGUUUUGGAACACCGUUUGGAACACACCGUUGGGUUGCGCUCUUCUUAAACAACCAGACACAUGCAUCACGCUGUAUCAAAUACCAAACGACGAAAGCAAUUGAUGCGUUUUAUCAACAACACCGCAGCGCACAACCGCCCACGUGUUAACGACCAACGACCCGGGGUAGAAAUAAGAGAAUGCGUCACAGGUUCUUAUACAGGACUUUUACAUUUACAAAGGCAAUAUCAGAGCAAACAGUGGAAAUGAUAGAACUCUUUUUUUAGUUAGGAAACCGUUAUAAACACUAUACUCUGGCUAUAGAACAAGAAAUAAUGAGUAGCGAAAGUCGUAUUUGAGACGACCGAUGAAGCUACAAACAUUUAAUCCCCAUGCUGUACGCCAAUUAAUUGCCGUGGGUACUUCAUACUCGUUUCGACCGUGGUUUAAACCUACCAACAUCGAUGGCUCACUUUGCAAACAAGUUUCUUCCUUGGAAAUACAAUCAUACAACACUAUAUAAAUAUAUCAUUGAACACGACAGCAUCUAACCGAUCAAUCCAGGCGUUUGAAGAGGAGUAUGGUACCGAUCACGUGGCGUAACUAUAUAUUAAAACCGAUUACACAAAAAAAUGAAAA